CGUGACGACACAAUCCUCUAUCUAACCAUCGAACAAACAUUACAUCGUCUGACUGCAGAAGAAUGAUUUAUGUUUGGAUUAAUCCAUGAGAACAACAUAGUAAGUGACCAGCGCAAGCAUAUAAAAUUCUAUAAACAUCGAUCGGAGGGCUUUGAGGGCCAAUUUUCUUCGAAGAUGUUCUCGGCGAAGAUGCUUUUCCUAAAAUUCGUCAUCUCUUUACUGAUCAUAGAUAAAGGGAGUUGCAGUCUGUUGACCAAGAAGUUAUUUAAUGAAUUAUUCCAUGGAGACGAUCCAUAUAACAGGCAUAUCAGACCUGCUAUCAACGAAUCAACACCUACCGAUCUACAAAUGCAGCUUUUUGUGUCGCAGAUUCUUGAUAUGGACGAACGGUUACAGCAAAUAAAGGCGAAUGUUUGGAUGUCAUAUGACUGGACUGAUGAAUUUCUACGAUGGGAUCCCGCUGAUUUCGAUGGACUAACGAGUUUCAAAUUGACCUCUGACCUCGUUUGGAUGCCAGAUAUAGUCAUAUACAACAAUGCUGGUGACUCUUACGAUACAUAUAUGUUCAACAAGAUUGUGAAGAUCGAACACACUGGACAUGUGAACUGGGGUUCUCCGCAUAUCAUACAGACGAGCUGCCAGCUAGAUGUGGCCAACUUCCCUUUCGAUUACCAACAUUGCGAUGUCAAGUUUGGCCCAUGGCAGCACGAUGGAUCUGAAUUAGCAAUAACAGGAUCAGGUAAAUAUAGGCUUUAUCAAAGGGAAUUCACUCUGAAGAAGAUUUUGUUACACAGGUGUGAUAAUACAGUGUAUCGAAGUGAUGGCGAGUGGGAUAUGAUAGGUCUGACUACCGUUACUAAUCAACAAACUUAUCCUGACUCACCCGGCAUAUCGUAUUAUGACGUCACGUACACAAUACAUCUCAGAAGACGGGCGAUGUAUUACGUAUUCAACCUACUGGUUCCUUGCAUCCUGAUCGCAUCAAUUACUCUUCUUGGUUUUCUACUUCCGGUUGAUUCAGGAGAGAAGGUGUCUCUGGGUAUAACUGUCCUUCUCUCACUCACCGUCUUUUUGCUUCUCAUCGCUCAAUCAAUGCCGCCCUCUAGCGUCGUACCCAUUAUAGGUCAAUAUUACGUAUCGACCAUGGUGCUUGUCUCGAUAUCUAUCCUCCUAACGGUAUCAGUGAUCAACCUUCACCAUCGUGGUCCAUACUGCAAACCAGCUCCAAGGUGGGCACGGAGGAUCAUUCUCGGUAGGAUAGCAAAGUAUCUACGGCUACAACCUGAACAUUUCAAGAACAUGAAGUUUGCUUCGGAUAGGAGUUACUACAAUGCAAACGGAAUCAACACGUCAUCACCGGGUACCAAUAACUUCAGAAGCAAGAUUGUCGAAAAACGGGAGGGUUACAAGGGCGAGAAGGUGAAGGUGACUGCACCCAACGAGUCUCCGAUUCUCGGCAUCCCCCGGGGCUCCCGUGGAAGGGAAGGCUGCUGCGAUAACAGCGACGACCAGACCAUUCUACUCCGACGAAUAAGCGAACACAUGCGAUACAUCCGUGAUCAUUUUGAAGAUAUCGAUGAUUCUGAAGAUAUCAAGAAUGAAUGGAAGCAGAUAGCAUUGGUUGUCGAUCGUGUAUUCGCCAUCUUCUACGUAGUUGGCUCGAUCGGCACAAUCAUGAUCUUGGUCUUCAAGAUAUCAUGAUCGCACUGAAAGAUGGUGGCUAUCGUCGAUAUAUCGUAAGAUCGUCAUCACAAGAUGAUCGUCUGAUGUGGGGUUUUGUGAUUCGCCUGGGAAGAGAAAUCUUUCUCGACAUACACAAAGAAUCAAAACUUUCGAUUGCUUGUUUUAUCACCGAUAUAAUUGAGGCGUAUGGUAAGCUGAAGACAGUCACACAAUCCCCACAAAUAUCAACGAUGAUUCCAGGACUAAAGUAUGUUUUGUCCAAAAGGAUCAUGCAAUCAAGCUAUGUAUAUUGCAAAAAAUAAUUCGUGUAAAAUCAACACUGUAAAAAAUGAAGUGCUAAUUUAGCACUUACAGUGCUUGUAUAGUGACUGCACUGGCACUUCAUUUAUUUUUACAGUGAAUAUACAGUUUUAAACGGCUUUCUUUUACGGAGAUACUUCAGACUCAUUUGGAAUGUGGUUUAGUAAAUGUUCGUACAUUUAUUGAUUUCAAAUGUAGUAUAUAGUUUGCAAAACGGAUUGACAUUAUAGAAAAGGGAGUGUAUGAUUAUAUACGGAAAUCAAGAAGUACUAGUAAAUACGACCCAAAAAUGUCGGAACUUCCUGAAAUGAUUUGUCUCUUUCAUUCUUCUCCGCGUGAUAAGUCGCAAUGCACUUUCACAUAUGCUCAUCAAGCAAAGAAAGAAUGGAAGAAAAUGUUGGUCCGAUGUAAGAACCCCCACAU